AUCCUUCUCCUCUGGCUGGAUCCUCUGACCGUUUCCCCCCCAAAAACGCGUUACCACUUUUUCUGUUUGCCGUCUGCCUGCGCCCUGAAUAUCCCACAGCCUCCCUUCAUCUACACACUUCCUACAUACCUUACACAUGGCGUCACCUCCCUCUUAACGUCUAUAUUCUCCUUGAAGUCUUGACUGACUUCCAAGUCAUAUGGCGGCUUCCUCUCCUUUGCUACCGCGCCGACUUUUCGUUCUCCGCACUCCUUGUCCCCGCAAAUCAUGAAUUCUCAUUGUCUACAGUCGGAUGAGUACGAGUUGUCGAGGACGAGUACGCGCACAUCAGACGAAACAGACAACCCCUUACUUUACUUUGAGCACGAUUCGGACCACGAUGAUUUCCACUCCCAUUUACUUACAGGCCAGACUGUGUCUGGUGUCGCCCAACGGGGGGUUUCCUCCCAGUUCAUCUCCCUAGCCCCUGCUUGGCUACGCAAGCAGUAUCUUCCUCGACGACCUCGAACGAGAUCAAAACGACUUCCUCGCCGAUACGUGUGUACACCUAGAUCAUUCCUUCGAAAAUUCGCUUUGUUUUGUUACAUAUUCUUCACCACCAUCGCCGCCAUCGUCAUCGUGGGAGGCGUCUUUUUCCCCGGCUACACUCACCUUCCGCCCCAUUAUAGAGCGUUAAGACAAAGGGCACGAGCCUCUGAGACACCAGGGCGGGUGAAUUUGCAAAAUCAAAAAGUGUUUCUUGCAGCGAGCAUCUACGAUAAGGGGGGAAAACUCCUCAGUGGAGAUUGGGCGGAAAACGUUCUAGAGCUGAUACAGUUGCUGGGACCACAGAACGCAUUUCUCUCGAUAUAUGUCAACGACUCUGGUCCGGAGGCAAAAGAGGCGUUGGAGGAACUCGAGAAGCGGGUGCCGUGCGACCACGCUUUGGUGUUUCAGGAUCACUUGAGCAUCGACAACCUCCCCCACAUCCGUAUACAUGGACAAGAGCGGGUGAAGCGCAUCGAGUAUCUGGCUGAGGUUCGAAACCGGGCGUUGAGGCCGCUGGAAGGUUCAAACACCACGUUCGACAAACUCCUCUACCUAAACGACGUCGUUUUUCAUCCGAUUGACGCUGCCCAAUUACUUUUCUCAACACAUACCGUCGCCGACGGCGUCACGGACUACAGAGCUGCCUGCGCGGUUGAUUUUAUCAAUCCUUUCAAAUUCUACGACACGUUUGCAACCAGGGAUGCUGAGGGAUACAGCAUGGGGCUUCCCUUCUACCCGUGGUUUGCGGCCGGUGGUGACGAGACCAGCCACCAGGAUGUCCUGGACGGCAAAGAUGCAGUAAGAGUUAAGAGUUGUUGGGGCGGCAUGGUUGCAUUCGAUGCACGAUUUUUCCAGGCACGGCCUAGCAGACCCGAGUUGAUAACCGCGGGCAACCAGAGCCCGAGCAAUCUCUCCACACCUUAUCGCUUUCGUGCGGAGAAGGAUCUUUAUUGGGACGCAUCGGAAUGUUGCCUCAUCCAUGCCGACAUUCAGAAUCCUGAGCCUGGAAAUUCAGGAAUUUACAUGAACCCUUUUGUUCGAGUGGCCUACGACUCCAGGACCCUUUCGUGGCUGGGCUUUACCCGACGUUUUGAACGCCUGUAUACACCAAUUCAUUGGUUGAUUGACCUUUUCACCAACAAACCCAAGUUCAACCCGAGACGACACGAGGAACCAUGGCAGCAGGUGCAGGAGACGGUUUGGGUUGCAGAUGAGAGGUUGCCUCCCAACAAUGGGUCAUUCCACCAAGUGACGAGGAUAGCCUCACAUGCAGGCUUUUGCGGCCGCCGGGGGUUGGCGGUCAUCAAGGAAAACAUUAUGGAAGGAGAAAGAAACUGGGAAUUCGUGCCAGUGCCUUCAUGAAAUCUUUGAGCAUAGCGAUGGCGUUCGGAGCAAGAUAAAUCUCAAACGUGGGAUAUCAUGAGCUUGUAAAAGCAUUUUCCCGUCGACGUGAACGACGCGGCUGUGAGAAUCAAUUGUGAAAAGAGACCUCUUCAUGGAAAAAAGGAGAAAUAUAAAUGCUGAAGCUGUUUCGCAGCUUUUUCUGCCACCUAAGCGGGCAUACCUUCCUCGUCACUUUUGCUCUUAACUUGACUUUCACUGAUCUAUAGAUCGCCAAGGAUGG